GUGUGGUGGUAUACUAGGAGAAAAUUAAUCAUUCAUAUAUAAUGUCCACUAGGAUGCAUAUAUAUAUAUAUAUGGUUGUGCCAGGGGAGCCAUUAAUUAAUUUUCCUAUUUUAUGUUGAUCACCUUUUCUUUUUCUUGAACUUUUUUUUUUCUUUUUUAAUUGUUAUAUGCAUUACCUUUGGGGUACUUCUUGUUUCUCUACUAAUAUAUGAAAUAUGUCACAAGUUAUAUUGAUAAAAAUCUAGUAAUACAAAAUAUAACAAAUCGGUAGUUGGCAGGAUUUGUCUUAGUAUAUAUACCAUAUUUAAAUAUGUAUGUAUAUAUAUAUACAUAUUACCUAAUUAGAGGACGUACGUAAGAAAUACACAAUGUAUAAUAUUUGAAAUGGUGAACUAAUUUUAUACAUAUUGCAACUAUAACUAAAACCAAAUCUAUGCAUCCCUUAAUUAGUUUGCAUCCAAUGAGAUGGGAGGAAGUGCGAUGCUUCAACAUUUCUAUGAAUGCUCCCGACCACAAGUGUUCACAUUGACGUGGCUUAAAUGAUAGCCAUAUAUGAUAUAUGCAAUGCUCUUCAAUGGUAAUAACCACCGCCACCUCAUGAAACACCACCACUUCAAUUGCUAGCUAGCUUAAUUUGAUUUUCUUGAUGAAGAUAAUCAAACAGAUACCCUGUAGAAUCAAACAUUCAAAUUCAUCAUUUUUUUUUUCUUUUUUAAUGUAACGAUCAAAUUUUGUACCCCACAAGCCAGUAAAUCCAAUAAUAUUGCUCUGGCAAUAAUAAUAGAUUAAUCUUUGAAUUAUUGGAGUGGCAGCUGAGUGCUGUUUUUGCUAUUUGUGGUUGUUGAGUUUCAUGAUCUGAUCGGUUUAAUUACCAAGAGUCCGAUCACACCUUCCUUUAUGAUCAGAUGGGUAUAAGGAGAGAUACUUAUCCUCCAUAGACCAGGUGAUUUUGAGGAACAAGUAGUGAGACGCAGAGCACCCAGCAUGUGCAUGUCUCCUAUGGAGUUAGGAGACUUUGGGGCUUUAAACAAUCACUUGAAUUUUUUUUGGAAAUUACACCACCAAUUUCAAUUUCAUGGCUUCCAAUAAGGAGGAGGAGGAGGAGGAGGAGGAGGAGGAGGAAGGAUGACUAUAUAUCAUCAUAAUAUUAAUAACAAUAAAGAUGGAGGAGGUGGGAUGAAAUGGUCGCACAUAAGGAAUACAUUUCUGCCAGAGGAGUCGUUCAGGAGCUGGGGAAAUUAUGCGAGAGCCCUCAAAGACACCCCAUUUCGUUUCAAGGAUCGGUUGCUGGCCCGGUCGUCGGAUACCACGGAGCUGCUGGAAAUGAAGGCAUUGAGCCGGCACGACAUGAAAAAGUCCCUCAACUGGUGGGAUCUCUUAUGGUUCGGCAUCGGUGCCGUCAUCGGUUCCAAUGUCUUCAUUCUCACGGGACUCGAGGCCAAAUAUCACGUCGGCCCAGCCGUCGUCAUUGCCUACUUCUUUUCGGGGGUGUCGGCCAUGCUUUCUGUUUUCUGUUACACCGAGUUUGCAGUGGACAUCCCUGUCGCAGGUAGCUCAUUUGCUUACCUAAGGGUAGAACUGGGAGACUUCAUCUCCUUCAUCGCAGCAGGCAACAUCCUGCUGGAGUACGUAGUUGGUGGGCCGGCAUUCGCACGAGCUUGGACUUACUACUUCGCUGCUCUCUGCAACCACAAGCCCGACGAUUUCCGCAUCACAGUGGAUGCUCUUCCCGAGGACUACAAUCAUCUGGACCCCAUUGCAGUCCUUGUCCUCCUCUUCAUCUCACUCCUCACCCUCACCACCACCAAGGGCUCUUCCCGUUUAAAUUCCAUCGCUUCCAUAUUCCAUCUUCUCGCCAUUCUCGUCAUCAUCGUUGCGGGUCUCGUCAACGCCAACCCAAAGAAUUACACCCCUUUUACUGUUCCUUUUGGCGCCGGCGGGGGUAUUUUCAGGGCUUCCAAAGUGGUCUUCUUUUCGUACGUGGGAUUCGAAGCUGUUCCAACCAUGGCAGAGGAGACGGAGAAUCCAGGCCGGGACAUCCCCAUCGGCCUCAUCGGCUCCAUGUUUAUUGCCACCUGUUUGUACUGUUUGUUGGCCAUAACAUUGUGCCUCAUGCAGCCAUACAACCAGAUCAACACCAACGAUCCCUUCUCCUUGGCAUUCGAAACAGUUGGAAUGGGAUGGGCCAAGUACCUCAUUGCUGCUGCCGCUUUGAAAGGCAUUACCAGCGUUCUGCUGGUGGCAGCAUUGGGCCAGGCCAGAUAUCUCACUCAUAUUGCAAGAACUCAGAUGAUGCCCUCGUGGCUCGCACGUGUCAAUGAGCGCACUGGGACUCCUGUCAAUGCCACUCUUACCAUGCUUACUGCCAACGCUUUCAUUGCCUUGUUCACCAGCCUAGACGAUCUCUCCAACCUGCUCUCCAUCGCCACGCUCUUCAUUUUCAUGCUGGUGGCCGUUGCUCUUCUGAUCCGCCGCUAUUUCGUGGCCGGAGUGACCACAAAACUGGACCGGAUCAAGCUCAUCGUAUGCCUGGUGCUCAUACUGGGGUCCUCAUCCACUGCCAGCGCAACCUACUGGGGUUUGAAUAAUCAGAAUGAAAAUGGCGGUGGUUGUUGGAUUGGGUAUGUGGUAUCUAUGCCGUUCUGGUUGAUAGGAACUGUGGGGCUGUGGGUGUUCGUUCCGCAGGCAAGGAGUCCAAAACUGUGGGGGGUGCCAUUAGUCCCGUGGUUGCCAUCGGCAUCUAUAGGGAUCAACAUAUUCUUUCUUGGGUCGGUAGAUGUAAAUUCGUUUAUUAGGUUUGCGGUGAGGACGGGGAUUGUGUUGGUAUACUAUCUUUUAGUAGGAGUGCAUGCUUCCUUCGACAAAGCAAAGGAAUAUGAGAAGAAGAGGAUCAAAGAGCUGCAUCACGACACCAACCCAUUUGAAAAGAACCUUCAACAACUGCCCCCGGUUGUUCCCUUAGGUUCAUAGGACGACUUCAGCUAUUAGAAUACAUGCGGUUGUAACAAGUCAAGGCACUAUUUCAUUUCAUAUCACGAUGGGAUUCCCAUUUUUCUUUUUUUCCCAAAAUGGGAAAGUUUGUUACAUUUUUAUCAUUAUCUAAAGUCGGCUUGUAUUUAUAUUGAUAUGGUUGAAUUAAUUCUGAAGGAAAAUGAAAUUUGCUGCUGAUGAUGAAUCCUGAAAAACAACCCUUAGUUUAUAGAGUUUUGGGCAACAUGGAAGUCAUUAUAAACCAAGUUAAAAUUUGAAUCCUAGAUCAAGAGAUGUAUUGUUAGAAUUUAUAUAUUGUACUUUUAAAAAGGAAAAAGGAAUAAAAAAAUAAAAAAAAAAGGUUGUUGCUAGUAAAAGUUUUUAAAAUGUAAUUUUAAUGUGUUUGGGGGAUUAAAAAAAACAAAAAAAAAAAAAAAAAAAAAGAACAAGAAAUUUUUGGUGACUUUUCAUGUCUAUUUUCUAAUAUUGCAUAAGAAAAUAUAAAGAUAGGUGUUAUAAUUGUAAUUUACUAAUUUUGUUUUAUUCGCAAUUUUCCAAGUCCUUUAUU